UGUCACGUGGAUUACACAUGGAGAUCUGUUGCCGCGUUUAAAAUCCAAAACGCUCGGUUGAUAGAGAGAGAGAGAGAGAGAGACUGUUGUAAGUUUUAACUACGGUCGGCUUUUCUCUAGCGUCGGCCUCGAUCUCUUGAUUGGAGCUUUUUUUAGGUCUGCCUCUCUCUCUGUGCCCUCUCUCCGCCGUCGAUUUCACAUUUUCCGACGAUAUGAAGCUCACCGUUAAAACUCUCAAGGGCAGUCAUUUUGAAAUUAGGGUUCUACCCUCCGAUACGAUAAUGGCGGUGAAGAAGAAUAUAGAAGAUUCACAAGGAAAAAACAAUUAUCCAUGUGGCCAACAAUUGUUGAUUCACAAUGGAAAAGUUUUGAAAGAUGAAACUAGCCUGGUCGAGAACAAGGUUACCGAGGAAGGCUUUCUCGUCGUUAUGCUUAGCAAGAGCAAAACUGCAGGUUCUGCUGGUCAGUCUUCGGUUCAGCCCGCUUCCGCCACCACAUCUUCGACUAAGCCUGAAACACCAUCUACAACCCAGUCUAUAGCUGUGCCUGCUUCACCUAUUACUGCUCAAGAACAACCUGCGGCACAGACUGACACCUAUGGACAAGCUGCGUCAACAUUGGUUAGUGGCAGUAGUCUUGAACAAAUGGUCCAACAGAUAAUGGAAAUGGGAGGCGGAAGUUGGGACAAAGAAACAGUUACUCGUGCACUUCGUGCAGCUUAUAACAACCCUGAGAGAGCAGUGGAUUAUCUGUACUCUGGAAUUCCUGAAACUGCUGAAGUAGCUGUGGCAGUACCUGGGGCUCAGAUGGCCGGAUCCGGUGCAGCCCCUGUCGCACCUGCAUCUGGAGGACCUAACUCAUCUCCUUUGGAUUUAUUUCCUCAGGAAACAGUUGCUGCUGCUGGCUCUGGUGAUCUCGGGACACUUGAAUUUCUUAGAAACAAUGACCAGUUCCAACAAUUACGCACCAUGGUCCACUCCAACCCUCAAAUUCUUCAGCCCAUGCUUCAGGAACUUGGAAAGCAAAACCCUCAACUUCUGAGGCUAAUUCAAGAAAACCAGGCAGAGUUUCUUCAGUUAGUAAACGAGCCCUAUGAGGGAUCUGACGGGGAUGCGGACAUGUUGGAUCAACCCGAGCAAGAAAUGCCACAUGCCAUUAACGUUACCCCAGCAGAGCAAGAGGCGAUUCAACGGCUCGAGGCAAUGGGAUUUGAUAAAGCCUUAGUAAUAGAAGCCUUCCUCGCAUGUGACCGUAACGAAGAAUUGGCAGCUAACUAUCUAUUGGAGAACUCAGGAGAUUUUGAAGACUGAGUUCAGAAAACAUUCUCUCUUCUUCGAAAAAGUUUUGGCUCUUUUCUUACGUUUACUUAUCUUCCGAGAAUUAAUGUGUGGGAUUUGAUCUCUCUAGUCUCUCCCUCUCUCUGUGACUUAGAAUUUUUUUUUUCCUGGAAUUUUGUUUUCUCCGUUUGCGUCGCGAUUGGUGCGGUUGUUGCGUUUGUGAUAGAUAUUUUAUGUGUAAAAGCAGCAGAGAGAUACAAAAGUGUGAUCACAUAAUUCUUGAGGGAUAAACAUAAAAGUGUAAUAGAUAUUUAUCCUAACCAACAUGUUCCUAUGAUGUUGUGAUUAAUGGCAGUUCACGGAUUUUCCGA